AUGGAUACAGUAUAUGGCACCAAAAAGUACUUUCAAAGCUUAUCUGGAGUCAGUGAUAUUUAUCGCACGCAAACAUGUCGAGCUAUGGCCACCGAUUACACUUACCAAAACACUCUGGGUCGCCGAUCUCAGCUAGGCGCCUACUAUCAUAUGAAUAAGCAGCCCUCUUACACAAAUGACCACAGCAUUGCGAGUCAGUAUGGCUACAAUACGUGGGGAAUAUGGCGUGAUGGCCGAAAUAUUGCGCCGUCCACUUUCUCCACAAAAACGCACACGCAUUAUCCAAAGAACCGCUCCUUCUCGAUUAUCCUAACAACCGCUGCCUUCAUCGUGCUUCUCGCUGUCAUCUCAAUUGCCGGCCUGGCAUUUUAUUUUAGUUCCAUCAAGGCCACAUUAGAAGAACCCAUACUGGGAUUCGAAGGAUCGUUUCGCAUUGCUAAGGGCGAUCUUUACUCAACCGGUCUAAAAUACAAUCACACCACCACAUAUAAGCAGAAAAUCGAGUUCUACAAGCGUUUCGUGGAGCGUGCAUUGGCCGACAAUGGACUCCAGGCCUUGCGCACCGAUGUCUGGGGCUUUGGCGACGGUCCACUGAUCAAAAUCUCAUUUCGCGUUUUCUUGGACGUGCGCAAACUACCGCAGAAUAUUCUAAGUGUGGAGGAGUACAUAAAGGAAUCAUUGUUCCUAGAAACUUCGGGUACAAAAUCGCUCUACCGAUCAUUGCGCUUAGACGCGGAAUCUGUUGAGAUAAAGCGCAUAAUGGACGAACAAGUUGUUCGAUCAGCGGCAAUAUUGAAGGAAGCACAAACGGUUCCCACUAGUCAAACCCAAUUGGAGAAACGGCUUAUGAAAAAAGGAGGAGGUGCGCCGCUGCAAACCAAACCAGUAGCAGUGAGUACACCGAAACCGCGCACCACCGCUCGUCCACAUUCCACAGAUGAUGAGCCGGAUAUAGAUGUGGAGAACGCACCUGUCAUACAGGGCUCCUUUGAGGGAUCAUUUGAAAUAACUAAGACCGAUGCCGACAUAGCGCGCAAGAAAACAUCACCCACAAGAGCCUAUCAGAGCAGUAGCCUACCUCCAAAAGCUGUUACGCCCUAUGCACUGCGUGUGAAGCCCAAGAAGCCGAGCUUAGAAAAGCUGACCACAGUCACACCCCAGGGUCAACCGCAACCCCAACCCAUCCUCUUGAGCAGCACAACAUCAGCACCAACCACAACGAAACCCACUACAACAACUAGACAGACGACAACAACUACAGUGACAACCACCACCACAACAACAACAACAUCUAAGCCCACAUCACAGAAACCGACAUCAGAAGCUAAUACUUGGACCAGCUCCACAACGACAACAACCACGGCGCGCCCAGUCAUUACAACAAAACUUCCCAAUUCAUUUACUUUCCCAUCACUUUCGCCGCCUACCUCAACUGUCGUAGUGCCGAAGCUAGAUGCCAACCUGUUCACCACAUUUCCCAUUCUGGAUACGCAGCCGUGGCGUCCAAUACACCGUGAAGUUCCAGAACUUUUACCAGGGCCUCCACCGGCAUAUCCGACGAAAACGUUGCCAGUUGCCGGAAAAGGGCAGCACCCUGCUUCCGCAUCGACACCGGCCACUCUUAACCAUAUACCACAACGUCGCAUAGAUGAGUUUGAACUACCCUUUAUAGCUGAAAAUCCUACACCCCCAUCGGCCGCAAUGUUGCCAUCGGCCCAUGAUCCGUACAUGCAAAUGCCAAGUUUCCACGGACCCGCUAUGGCUAAGCCCGACUUCAGUAAUGAUAACGAAAACGAGCCAAAUCAGCAAGAUAUGCUUUUUUAUCAUAAUUUCGGCAGUCCAAUACUUUUGCCAGGCACCGAAAAUAUUGAACGUUUAGGCGGCGCAUUUGUGGAGCCCCAUCCACUACCAGUACCGCUUAUAGAUGAUGUUCUUAUACCGCCAUUUAAGCCAAUUAAUCCAACUUUAGGCACCAUGGAUAAAAUACCAUUCAACAUUGAUGCUGGCAGUGAAAAAUUUGAGCAUUUAGGUGGCGGUGUAAUAGCUAAAAAGCAGGAAAAUGGUACUAAGUCAGAAACAAAAUCGGACACGGUUUUACUGCAAUCUACUACGCCUAAAAUAAUAUCCACUACCGUGACUGGCUCCACGACUCCGCUUCAGGUUCAAGUAAUGGCAGAGCAAACAAGUUCUGUGCCAUUGCCAGAUUCUAAGCCAACUGGCAAUUCAGUGCUGGCCGAUACCAUCGGAGAAUUCUUCAUGGAGUUGCUGAACCUGCCGAAAGAGGAAAAUUUAACAACAACGACUACGACCACUCAAGAGCCUUUAGAGUCGCGUAUAGAGCCAGAGGAAUCUGAAAGCGUAGAAUCUCUAAAUAUAACAGAGAAAGUCACAACCAUUAAACCAACAUUCUUGAAUCUGAAGGAGCUGAUACUGCAACGUAACCAGCCCAAUACUAACAUUCAGUCGAACGCUACCUUGACUUCACAGACAACGACAAAAACUACAACAAUGGCAACAACUAGAAGCACUACCUCCACCACAACCACUGCGAAGCCCACAAUCAUUACCACCACAAAAAGAAAUCGCAUACGGCCGAGCAGUGAUCGACCGCCCACAAUGCUAGACGAUUCUAACCUCUUUCCAUCACACUCGAAGUGGGAAUUUGUGAAUAGUUCGUCGACUCAAAACUUUGGCCACAAUGGCAAUAUGAGAAAAGUUUUUAACCAAACUCUGCAGGCGUGGGUGUCCGAGGACAUUGACAAGUCCGAGAACUUUACGCUCGAUGAUAUUAAGACACGCAUCAACAAUGCAACCAAUAUUCAAGACAUAUCUCUGAUCUUUGACACACUAGCCUCGAAACUAGGCAUUACACCAAGUUUGCCCACAAAGUUUCCCCCAUUUUCGCAAAAUAAGCUUAAGCACUCCCAGAAGAAUGAUACUAAAAUGAGACCAUUUAUCACAACUACGGAGCUGCCCAUCGAGAAAACUAGCGUUAGAAACUUUAUAGAACUUCCUUUGCAACAAAGAGAGCCUUUCAUAAAACCUAUGUCCAGUUUUAUGGAGGACAAUUCGCCUGAAGUCCUUGGAGCUGCUAUUCCUGUUGUCGGUGAAGCGGAAGUUGAAGUCGUGGACCCUCUUAAUUACGAAGAAAUGCUUAAAAUCUCACAAUUUGCCGAAUCUACAUCAACAGAACCUACUUUGCAACAUCUAGUUACACUACUGCCCGUCCGUUCCAACUCGGGGAUUCGCACGUACAAGCCUCCCGUUGAAGAAAUUGAGUCCCAACGGAGUCAAUCUGGGUCUGCACCUUCUCUAGUUAAAGCUAACACCACUAUCCGGAGAAAAAUUAAUGUAAACCAUAGUCGAAAAUUUGGUCCUCCGCCAGAAGCGGUUGUAAAGGGGGGCCUUAAGGUAACGGUCAACUAA